AUGAGAGCAUGCCCCAUAAAUUGUACAGCCGUUAAACAGCAGUUCAGGACAUGUUCUAGAAUAACCAAAGACGUUAAUCAAAUAUCCAGAGGUCAUCCUUGCCAACCAAUAUUGCCAAGGAUGUUGCCAAAUUUCGAUCCUAAUGACAAUGAAGCUGGCAUGAAGAUUCUGGAGGACCUGACAGAAAAUGUUCACCAAAUACAGCAGCGGGUAUUAGUGGAGAUAGUAACACGAAAUGCGCAUACAGAAUAUCUGAAGAGCUUCCUGAAUGGACAGUAUGACAAGGAACUUUUCAAAAAGAAGGUUCCUGUGGUGAAUUACGAAGAUAUCAAACCUUAUAUUGAGCGAAUUGCUAAUGGGGAUUCAUCAAACAUCAUUUCUGCUGAACCAAUAACUGAGUUGCUCACAAGCUCUGGCACUUCUGGUGGGCUGCCAAAGAUGAUGCCUUCAACUGCUGAAGACUUGCACAGAAAGACAUUCUUUUAUAAUCUGCUUGUGCCUGUGAUGAACAAGUAUGUAGACGGCUUGGACGAAGGAAAAGCAAUGUAUCUAUUGUUUGUUAAGCCAGAGAUUAAAACUCCCUCUGGUCUAAUGGCAAGGCCUGUCCUAACAAGCUACUAUAAGAGCAGUAACUUCAAGAAUCGACCUUUGAACCGCUUCAAUGUUUAUACCAGUCCUGAUGAGACAAUCUUGUGCUCUGACAGCAAGCAGAGCAUGUACUGCCAAUUACUUUGCGGUUUAGUACAACGAGAAGAGGUUUUGAGAGUAGGUGCAGUUUUCGCUUCUGCUUUCUUACGGGCCAUCAAAUUCUUGGAAGAUUAUUGGAAAGAGCUCUGCUCUAACAUUAGAACGGGUCAUCUCAGCGACUGGAUCACUGACCCCAGUUGCAGAAAAGUUGUGUCAUUAAUUCUAAGUAAAUGUAAUUCGCAUAUAGCCGACUUGAUUGAACAUGAAUGCAGCACUAACUCAUGGGAAGGGAUAAUUAAGAAACUCUAGCCUAGAACGAAAUACAUUGAAGUCAUAGUUACAGGUACCAUGGCACAAUAUAUAUCUACUCUUGAAUUCUACAGUGGAGGGCUACCUUUAGUUUCGACAAUGUAUGCUUCUUCAGAAUGUUACUUUGGAAUUAAUUUCAAACCACUGAGCAAGCCGUCGGAUGUCUCUUACACCCUUGUCCCCAAUAUGGCCUACUUUGAGUUCUUACCACUUAAGAAAACCCAUGAAGAUGCAACUCAAGAUGUCCAGUUGAAUGGUGUUUGCAAAGAAAAUUGCAUGGAAGAAGAGACUGAAAAGGAGGAUGUUGAAACUGUUGAUCUCGUGGAUGUAAAGCUUGGGCAAUAUUACGAACUUCUUGUCACAACUUUUACAGGCCUGUAUAGAUAUAGAGUUGGAGACAUUCUCAUGGCAACUGGAUUCCACAAUAAUGCUCCUCAAUUUCGAUUUGUGCAUCGGCGGAAUGUGGUUUUAUGCAUUGACACAGACAAAACCAAUGAGGAAGACCUGUUAAAGGCAGUGACAAAGGUAACGCUUCUCGUUGAGUCACUUGGCUUCCUCUUGAUGGAGUACACUAGCUAUGCUGACACUUCCUCCAUUCCAGGUCAUUAUGUACUAUUCUGGGAGCUCACAAAUAAAGGGAGUAAUGAUCUGCCAAUACUUGAUCCUAAGAUAAUGGAGCAGUGCUGCUUCAUUGUGGAAGAAUCACUUGAUUCUGUUUAUAGAAGAUGCAGGAGAAAGGACCAUUCAAUUGGACCAUUAGAGAUAAGAGUGGUAAAACAUGGAACAUUUGAUGCACUCAUGGACUUUUGUGUAUCUCAGGGGUCUUCUGUUAACCAAUAUAAGACACCAAGGUGCAUGAAAUCUGAGGAGGCCAUAAAUAUAUUAGAUUCUAGGGUGGUAGGAAGGUUUUUCAGCCGAAACGCUCCUUCUUGGGAGCCCGUAUAG